CACCCAUGAGAAGAUGGCAUUGUCUGCACCGACUCCCCCUAUGCUUCCUCUCACCAAUCCGGAGGUGCGCGGCUCGACCAAUCAAAAAGCAGUUGGGUACAUAAGACGCGGCCAGCCUUGCAGUAUGCGCUUUGACCGCAGGGCGGCAGCACAUGUAAACACAUGGAAUCUUACACAAGCUAUUACCAAACGCUGAGGGCGACUUCUGUAACAUGCUACAGCCCCCUUUCACGAUCCUGCUGUCCCACCGAAGUGUUCUGAGACAGGAGGGAGCUGUUACAUCACUGAGACAACAAUGAAGUCCAUCGCCUGUAUCUCCUCCUCUGUCCGAGCGGCUUGUCAGCAGACCUCAACGUGUUUCCCACUGAAUCGUGGUCUGAUUCGUUGUAGUUCAGUGUCAAGAUGCACGAAUGUGGAUUUUACCAGCAGAACUGUAGUUGCGCAACAACCGUGCGUAACCGGUGUGCGUUCUUUACACAGCAUGCACGUAAACACAGCAGUAGUCCAGCAGGUGAGUGCAGCCUCUGCUCCUAUCCCGGUGCCAGAGAAAAGAGAGGAUGAACUGACUGUGUACCAGGCUGUAAGACACAUGCCAUCUAAAGCAGCGUCAGGAUCAGCUCCACACUUAUCUUCAUACAGCCCAUACAUCAAAACACAGGGCAAUGAAGCUGCACUAGUCUCUAUUCAGUCUCUGUUUGAAGGGGAUGUGAUCCCUGAGCUGUGCUCCAGGCUGGCACACCUCCCCAGCAACGACAGGGCAGAGGGACUAGCCACUUUACUCGGAGCAUGUGCUGAAUUUGGCCUGGAGGCUAACAGCCCUCUGGUGCUUAGACUGAAGAGUGAGUGCCUGGGGCUCCUCUCCAACAGGGACAUCAUGGUGGCAAAGCUCUGCCACCUGGGUGAGGUGGCACACGCCCUGGAAGGCUGCCAGUCAGCGAUGGUGACAGAGGUCCUGGACUCCAUAGGUGCUGCUGUGGAGGAGAAAGUUGUUUCUCCCAGCGAGGCUGUCAGAGUCUACUCCCUGCUGGCUCUGAGUUACAACCCUGCCAGCCAGAAGCAGACACUCAUGCUGUCCACUUUGCACACACACACACAGAGGCUGGUCCACCGACUGAGAGCCAGUCAAGUCAGCAAUAUUCUGCAGUGCCUGGUGAAGUUACAGCAGAGACAGGCUAUUUCCCUGGUACUGAGGCUGAGUCAAAGGGCAUCACGGAUCUUUAAAGCUUUCAGCGACAAUGAAAUAAUCAGGGUGCUCUCUGCGCUGAUGAUACUGGGACAGCAUCAUGAGGACAUCCUGGCUGCUAUGGAGAAACACCUGCCAGGGAGGCUGGGAGAGUGUGAUCCUGAGCUGAUCAGUACCGUCAUGGAGUACUGUUUGCAAAUGAGGUGCCGUUCUGAGCUGAUCUUUGAAGCUGCGGCUGAGAACUUUGUGUGCCAUGCUGAGAAGCACACUGACCUUCAGAUAGCCAAACAGAUUGUUGCCAUGGGGAGACUCAACUACCUGCCACAGUGCUCCAGUCAGAUGUUCAAGAAGCUCGAGAGCAUUUUAUCAACAAGGUUUUCCCAGUUCCAGCCUCGCUCACUGAUUGAGGUGUUGCACGCCUGCAUCCACCUGGAACGCUUUCCGCUCAACUACAUAUCCAAAGUUUUCAGCCUGUACUUCCUACAAAGGCUGCAAGCACAGGGGGAGACAUUGGACAAGAAUGCAUUGGGACAACUGACACAGCUCCACCUCUCCACCUCACUGGAGUGUACAUACUACCGGGGUCCCAGACUGCCACACUCCCUCCAUGUGUUGAGGUUCUCCUCUGUGGACCAGGCUUUUGAGACACCCAUGGAGAGUCUCCUGUACAAACAUGUCAAAGGACCGCUAACACAGCUGCUUGGGGGAAAGUUUUUCUCUACCAGCAUCCUUACUCCUACUGGAUACACAAUAGACGUGGAGAUCUGCCUGGAUGAGAAGGGAUACGUUCUGCCUCUUUCUCAGUGGGAUCACACAUACAAGAGGAUGGCACUGUGUUUAGAUGGUCAAAACCGUUUCUGCAGCAACACGCAACACCUGCUGGGGAAGGAAGCCACGAAGAGGAGACACCUUCGCAGGAUGGGCUAUGAGGUGGUGCAGAUCCCUUACUUUGAAUUUGAGAGGCUGAGAACUAAGGAACAGGUCCAAUAUCUUCACAACAAGAUCUUUCCCACUAUCUUCAAGUUCAACCACUGACCACUCAGUCACCUCACAGGUUCAGUGCAAGUUAAAGUUGUCAGUAGACAGUAGUCAAACCAGAGGUUCCUCAGAGACUUUAAAUGGCUGACCUGUGAAGAAUUAUAAAGAAGAUAUAAGGCUGUGCUAUUCAGCUUCAGCACACACAUAUCCUAAUGUCAGGGUACGAAUCUUACAAUCCAAAUAAGGCAAUAGAAGGAAAUAA